AUAACCCAUAACCCAUGUCGGUCAGCUGGCUUUUCAUUCCUGCCGCAUUGUUUGCGUGCCUGCUGCUCGGUCUCCAGCGUAAAGCUGAGCCAUCUCCUCCCGGUCCGCGUGGACUCCCUUUUCUUGGCUCCGCCCUUGAUCUUCCAACGAAGUUUGUCUUUCGCAAGUUCGAUGAAUGGAGCAAACUAUACGAUGGCUGGUUCACGCUUUCUGCUGCCGGUCAGAAAUUCCUGGUCAUCACCCGCGCUGACGUUGCUGUCGAUAUCCUGGACAAGAUGAGCGUACAGACAUCUGAUAGACCCGCACUUCCAAUGGUGCGUUAUAUGCUGCGCCGUAUGUCUUUCCCGUUUGAUAAUUAUAACGAUCGUUGGCGACGAUGUCGCCGUUUGGCACAUGAGAACUUCAACAUCCAAGCGCUUGACAAUUACCGCACCCUUUACGAGCAUGCCACAGCAAAAUUACUACGGCGGCUUCCCGAUGUCGAUCCAAUGCAGCUUCGGGAGGAACUGACGCAGUUUAGUGGGGCAUUGGCAUACGAAGCUCUGUAUGGUCGCGAUGCAGGAGGAGUCAACCAGAGGCGUAACAUUCACCGAGUUUGGAAACUGCUUGAAGUGCUCGGAGAUGCCGCCUCUCCGGCCACCUUUCUUAUUAACUUGAUGCCUUCACUUGACAUUCUCCCUGAAAGCCUAAGCCCGUGGAAGCAGUUUGGAACCCGAUAUUUUAACGAGAACGACAAAUUCUUUAUGGAGAUGGCUCAGCCGGGGCUCACAGGACAGAGCGAUUCGGGUUUUGUCGCUAGUUGCGCACGUAUGCGCGAUAGAACAGAUGGCAUUUCGGACGCGGAGAUCGCAUGGACGUCCUUUUCUCUAUACGGUGCAGGCGUGGAGACUACGCCUUAUACUCUGCACUGGUUUGUGAUGGCUAUGGUCCUUUUCCCUGAAGUGUACCAACGGGCACAAGGCGAAGUUAGCACGGUUGCAGGAAACAGGCCUCCGACCUUUGAACAUCGUAGCAAGCUGCCAUACCUCGUGGCAGUAAUGAAAGAAACCCUUCGAUGGAGACCUGUACUACCAGCUGGUCUACCGCACACAGCGUCUGAAGAUUUCUUAUAUAAGCAGUUUCGAAUCCGGAAAGGUACUUACGUCUUCGCAAACCAAUGGAGUAUGUGCAGAGAUCCAGCAGUGUACCCAGACUUCGAGCUCUUUAAACCGGAAAGGUUCUUAGCCGACCCGCCUCCUCCAGACCCGCCCGUGUUCGGCUUCGGUCGCCGAAUCUGUCCGGGUAGAAAUUUCGCUCAAGAAGUGCUAUUUCUGGCCAUGGCGAACUUGUUGUGGGCCUUCCACUUCGAGAAGGCGACCGAACCAGACGGGAAAGUAAUCAUUCCUUCACCUGAUAGUAUUGAUGGAAACAUCCUGUUGCGGCCUCAACCGUUCCCCUUCGUCAUCACACCUCGACAAGAGAUACCCAACUGAACGAAAAUCGUCUGGACUGACCUGUUCAAGGGUAAGUAGAGAGAUGUUGGAAUGACGUGCACUCCGUAUGUAAUUAGGGUUAGGGUUAGGGUUAGGGUUAGGGUUAGGGUUAGGGUUAGGGUUAGGG